GUCCUGAAAUAGCAACAACUCCGUCCCCGCUGCCCCCGGCGACGCCUUUUCGGGUUGCGUUAGUUUCCUCCGAAGUGAUCUACAUGGUGCCACGUCGGUUAAUCGGCUCGUCUAAUGGCGUGCAAUAAGCUAUGGACGGAUACCUCGCUUCAUGGUCGGCACUUCUCUUGAUGGGGUCCAUCUCGAGUUGUCCGAAGUCGCGUCAAGGUCGCGCCUCUUCGGGAUGAACAACCAGCAAACUGUACGACUCUAAUGUGACCGAAUGUCCGUUGUGUAGAAUCCUUGGUGCACCGUAAUUGUCCCAAAGGUGCGAGUGUACGCAUUUUUAAUUUCAAGAAGUUUGGCCAAACGAGGACGUGGAACUAUUUCGGGGAAAUACUCUGACGCUGAAGAGAAAUCAUCGCGUCCUUCUACGACCCAUGAUUGUGGAUAGUUGCGGAUUUCUUGAUGGCUACCGCAUUUUUAAUUUCAAGAAGUUUGGCCAAACGAGGACUUGGAACUAUUUCGGGGAAAAACUCUGACUCUGAAGAGAAAUCAUCGCGUCCUUCUGCGACCCAAGAUUGUGGAUAGUUGUGGAUUUCUUGAUGGCCACCGCAUUUUUAAUUUCAUGAAGUGUGGCCAAACGAGGAUUUGGAACUAUUUCGGGGAAAGUCUCUGACUCUGAAGAGAAAUCAUCGCGUCCUUCUACGACCCAAAUUGUGGAUAGUUGUGGAUUUCUUGAUGGCCACCGCAUUUUUAAUUUCAAGCAGUUUGGCCAAACGAGGAUUUGGAACUAUUUCAGGGAAAGACUCUGACGCUGAAGAGAAAUCAUCGCGUCCUUCUGCGACCCAAGAUUGUGGAUAGUUGUGGAUUUCUUGAUAACUACCGCAUUUUUAAUUUCAAGAAUUUUGGCUAAACGAGAACUUGGAACCAUUUCGGGGAAAGACUGACGCUGAAGAGAAAUCAUCGCGUCCUUCUGCGACCCAAGAUUGUGGAUAGUUGUGGAUUUCUUGAUAACUACCGCAUUUUUAAUUUCAAGAAGUUUGGCCAAACGAGGACUUGGGACCAUUUCGGGGAAAGACUCUGACGCUGAAGAGAAAUCAUCGCAUCCUUUUGCGACCCAAAUUGUGGAUAGUUGUGGAUUUCUUGAUGACUACCAAGUUCUUACAGGACAGAGCACUUUUGUUAAUGGACUGUGAUGUUGUUCCUGGCCGUGUAUUUGCUUGUUAGUAGAAACGUCAUGGCUAUGUCGAAGGUAACGCCGUUUUGAUGUGUCCGAAUACGAGCUACACGGUCCAAGAUAAAUUGCUACUAUCUUGACGUCGACUAAUGUGACUUGUCUGAAAUUAGAUAGGUCUUGCAUACAUCUAUGAAUGACUGCAAGUGUGCUGGCAUCACUGGGACAGGGAAGGCAAAACCGCCGUAAAAUCUGCCACUUAGUGCUGAUCUGUUCCUAGAGACUCUGAACAUAUUUACCCCAGAUCCGAAGACGCGAACAUUGUGGAAAGAAGUUAUUAUCGGAGGAGAAACAAUUUUUAAGCCUAACACCUAUGAAGUGCAUAAAUGCGUGAUGUUGAACUACUUGUAGCCUGAGAUUACUCGAGGGAAACGAACACGCUUUAAAUUCUGCAUUUUGGCGAGAAAGUACAUCGAGGUCUUACCAAUAUUUGUUAGAGAUUGUUUGAAGACUGAACUGUAAAGAUAUGUUCAAAAAAGUAUUAUAUAUCUGCACAUCUAUAUCUGUAAUUUAAACAGAAACGAGGAUUUUAUAAUUCUGGAAAAUGUGACUAGGUACUGGGAGAUACGAAAAUACAGCAAGAGGAAACAGUGACUGAUCAUCUUUGUUUACUGCAUCGCUAACUUUGUGCAGGUUUAAAGUACAAUCAAUACCUUGAAGGAGUGUACUAAGCGACACCGAUUUCAAAUAUCGAGUGCUCCGAAUACUCCCGUGGUGACUGUAUAUCGUUCCAAAUUUAUCGCGCUAAUUAUACCCUGCAUCCAGCCUGUUGUUGGAUUGUUGCCUCACAAGUGCCAGUCGACGGUUAUCGUGUUUUGGAACGUGAAGGGAGCAUUGAACACCUGACAAACAGUCGAUACUUGUUUAACCUCGGUCAUCCAUCAUGCAACAAAAUUAAGUGUACAUAUCACUAGUACGCAAACCACACGACUGUAGCAAUUACGAGCAGAAGACGCAAACAACACAACACUCAUCCUGUACGGUUAAACCGGUGCCUUGAUAGAAGAAAUUAAACUUCCAGAUGCAGACUGCCUUUUUACCUUGUGGCAAUUAAUUGCGUCCUAUACUACUUGCAUCUCGAAGUAAACACGAAACGAAGGAAACGAAAACUUAUACUAAAUGUAUGCAGGUGUAAUCCAGUUCUUCAGUAUUUGAGAGGAUGAAAGGUGCUGGGGUAUUCUUUAGUGGAAGGUGAAGGACUUUUUUGGGAUGUACGGUCGUCCCGAAGGAUCAGGAGGUGCGCCGCCCUGGUUGGUGAGAGCUGAAGUGACGAUCCGACAUGGCGGGCCAGGACCAAAUUCACCCAGACCUAAUGACACCUCACAGGAGUCAGGAACGCCCAUGAUGGAGUCCAACGGAGUCAGGAUGUAUUACAGAUGGAGUCCAGACCGCUUUUCUUCGUCUACGGCUCCAGCAGGGAAUCCCAACCCCGUGACGACCACUCCGGUUGGGUCCUUUGGAUUCCGGAGAGGGAACAUACUGUUCACGUCAACCCCACCAGCUAGACCUCCACCCAGGGCCACCACAAUUCCUCGAGCAGGGUUCUCCACCAGCGAGGAUUCCUGUUCUAGAGGAUACGGAAUCAGCGUGUCCGAUUCGGGCUACAACAGCGAGCAAUUCUCUCCUCAAUCGUAUUCCAGUCUACCAUCUCGCAGACCUUCCCAGCAGUAUAAUCGCAGGUGCAAAAGCACCUGCAGCAUUGUAUUGUCGACUAUGGGGGCGGACAACACACCUAAAGCAAGCAAUGUCGGCAGAGAUCAGAGCUUGUACAUGCGACCAGAUGCCCAGAGUAUCCGACCACCUUGGAAGGAUCAUUCUAUGCAUCAACAUGUCUCCGCUCAUUGCCAGUUCAGCACCGUUCCCGAAGGUUGCGAGGAUUGUACGCAGCGUGCAACGUCGAACGCAAGCGCGUUUACGACCCACUUUUGUACCAGAGUGCCUGAAAAAAGAGAUAGAGAGGUAAAUAAGAUUACAGGGAGUAAAGAUGCUGCGUCCCAAACUACUGAUGUAGAAUCCGAGAAGUCGCCACCAUCCACGUCGAAGUUUGGCGCCUCCCAGCGUGCAUCUUUCCAAAGUGGCAGCACCAUCACCCACUCUCAAGAGCAAAACCCUAAAAACAGGGAAGAGAUAUCGUCAUUGUCAACAGUGGAUAGCAGGGCGUCGUCGACUACAAGUCAAGCCAAGUCUGACUCUUCGGAAAAGGAUGACAGUGCAAAGCGGAAGUCGAGAACGGUACACAUCGACGUGUACUGUACCGGAUCAGAUGACGAGUUGGAUGACAGCGAUUCGGAACCGUCUAGCGAUGAUGAUCAGGAAGCGCCCCCUAAGACGGUCUUUCAAACCGAUGACGUCAAAGUAACACACUCUCCGGCGAAGAGAAACACACUUCCUAGGGGAUUUCAAGACGACAAAGCAUUUUUAAGGCGUGCCGCUGAGCGACGCUGCGAGAGCUUCAGGCAAGCUCCCAUGAGAAUGCCAUCUUUGGCCAGUUCCAAGGGCUAUGAAAGCGACGACGUAUUGAGCUCCUUGUACCCUUCUCAGUACAGCUCGUACAGUGCACUUAGAGAUAUAGAUUCAGUCCCUUGGUCGGCAGCAUCUUCGAGCGUCGCCAUGCCUCUGGACAUCUGCGACUCCGCCAGCGGAACGUCUUGGAAAGACACGAUUUCCGACGUUGAAUCUGCAAUCAAUAGUAGAAAUAGCUUGACCCCCUGCGAUAGUUUUGAGUACGCCAAUUCAGCGGACCGGGAUAGAAUAGAAAUUCUCGAGGAGACCCUCGCCAAGUCGCGAAGUGAGGAGAAGGGGAAGUCCUGGCGGUCACCGCACGUGGAGCGGAAGCACUUGUUGCGCAGCAAAAAGAUGAGGGAGUAUCUCGAAAAGCAUCAAGUUGGAUGGUCUUCUGGGGAUAGUCUCGCCGACUCUGAAGAUAGUGUAGAUAUCGGGUGGACUUUUGAGAAAAAUGAGGAGGGUACGGAAGACACUAAAGCAAACGUCGUUGCCGCAGAUGACAAAGGAAAGGAUGAACGGAACGGAAGUACUUCCUCGAAUUUGGCCGAUCCUGAUGUGACCUCGGAGAAUUCUCAGAGGUCUCAGUUGAACUUUUCGGGCCCUAGAAGUGGCACGCCAUAUAUGUGCUCUCUUCGUGACCAGAUCGGCCCGUUUGGGUCCAAUAGUCCUUCUCCAUUGCCCUCGAGAAUAGAGUCUAGAGUCACGUCCCCCUUUACCACUCCUCAGGGAGAACGAACUGACCAUAUUGUGAAAGCUUCUAUCUUUGGUACCGUCGUCGGUGCUUUCCGAAAACCGGGCCAUCAUAUAGGUCCUUCCAAAAAUCCGUCGUGCUCGUGCGAGCACUGUCGCCGAUACUUCGAGGAGAUUACUCCUAGAGGGCGCUCCAGUUCUCUCGGCGCGCUGGAACGAACGCUCACCUCGAGAUUUCAGAGAAGCAGGGAUAUCGUAUCACCUGCUCCUUCGAGCUCGAACAACUAACUUUCCCUUUAACUUUCCUGAACAUUUGUUCUUAUGUAACAAACGUCUAUUAAAACGACGAUGACAACUAAAUUAAUUGCGAAUUGAAUACGUAACCAUGACAUUGCGAUUGCAGGAUUGCGAAAGGAUUUGGUAGCAGAUACAUUUCAACAAGUACGUGUAUUUAGUAGGAAGAAUCGUCUGGAGUAAACAGCGAAACAAAUUUGUCUUUAGACUCUUUUUUUAGUCUUCUUGAUUAUACUUUAUUUGGUGGGAAUGAUGGACGUAAGAUCGUCGUUCGACUGUAUAAUUGAAUAGUUGAGUUUUCUACUUUGCGUAUAGAGUUUACUACGGCGUUGGUACGUUGGAUUAAUUAUUUGUAAUACUGUCAAACCUGUUUUAGUGCGGUAGACAGGGACCUCAGAAAAAAAUCGCACAAAAAAAAUAUUCAGAAACUUCAUAAAUAGCUAUAACAAAUCAGAGCAUAUUAAAGAACACUUUUUUUUAUGCGGUGGAGAGGGACCGCAUAAAAAAAGUCUCAAUUAGAAAUUAUGUCAAAGCUUUACGAAAUAGCGAGAAAGUGCUUUCCAAACAAAUUAAAUAAUUAAAUUACACAUGGAAAUAUUUAAAAAAAUUUUUAUUUCUCAUUUUAAACAUGGAGAAAUUUUCAAAAUGUACAUAAUUCAGUACUUCUCGUCGUAGUCCAAAACGCGCAUAUUCUUGUGAUAAACGGGUUCGUAAUCGCUUUCCUCCCUUGAAGAUAUUAGAGUUGAUUUAUUUUUUGUUACCAUGUACUCGGUGAUAAGUUUUUGCGACACGGUCGUUUGAUCAGCUGCUUGUAAACGUCGCGAUAGCCAGAUAUACACGAUCGAAGCUCUUUUUGGAAUUUCAAACUUAUUUCGGGAUUGUUAUCUAUUUUAAGAGAAUGCUUUUCCAAUUUGCUGUUAAGUUAUUGAGAAUGUCACUAUCAGUUACGGUUUCGUCCUUAAUCAUUUCGAUAAGAUGAUUUUCGCUAAAAGUGUCAAAACCUUCUCUGCAGAUGUUAUGUGCUAGCGCAAUGAUUUCUGAUGAUAACGUGGACGUGUUUUCGGUUACAUUCCUAUUAAUGACACAACAGAGUCCCGAUAUUAAUAUACCGCAUAAAAAAAAAUCCCAAGAAACAAAUCGCAUAAAAAAAGGACCGCACAAAAACAGGUUUGACUGUACUUAAUACAGGUUAAUGCGAAAGUGUAUUCCAAAUGCGCUCAUUUUUAGUUGUCCCGUGACUCUUCUUAAAAGAAGCAUCGAACAUUCUCUCGUGUAAUUAAACGCAUUUACACAGCAUAUGUUAACAAGAUUGUAUUGCCUGACGCCCCAUCUGGCGGGACAGUGGCAGACUGCACUGUUAAUAUUUAAUAAAACGCCCUGUAAAUGUUCACCUAGUGCUUUGAUCUUCCAGUUAUCUCGUGCAUUGUACAGUUUUGUUGAUUCGCAUGUGCCGGCUUUAAUUAAUUAUUAUUCGUUUUCCUAUACAGGCGCAAGCAAGCCUCGCAGAGUCCAGCAGAAAACUGGACUUGUUGAGAUUGUCCCUUGAACUCAGAAGGCAAGAGU